CAAGGAUAAAGAGACUCGUUUAAACGUGUGGAUGAAUUCCAAAAGUUUCAGUUGAAUCAAAACCUUAAAACACUGCAGUGCUCUCAUUGUUUGUGUUGAUAGCAAAUGGAAAUUCUUUAGAAUAUUUUUAUUUAUUUAAAUUAAUAUUUUAUUUACUAUAAAUAAUCAAAAUGCCGCAAAAAAAGAAAAAAAGUGGGUAUUAUUAUUUUAUGUUAGAUUUUAAAAAAAAGCUAGAAAACGGUGGCAAAAAAAUUCACAGCCUUCAAGAAAUACAACAAGAUGAGAGAUGUAGUGAAGAGUGGAGAGCUUUGUCUGAUGCUGAAAAAAAACGGUACAAUGAUAAAGCUAAGGAAAGAAGAAGAAAUGGUGAAGAAAAAUUUACUGGUAUUGGAGAAUCACUAAAAGUUGUUGAAAAACAACAAAAUGAACAACUCAAAUAUGAAAUGAGAAUGAAGCAAUACAUCAAUGAUCUUGUAGAACAAGCAAUUCAUUUUGAUGAUCUCAAUAAAACUUCAUUUUAUUUCAUACAUGUAAAUUGGUAUUAUACAAAAAUAAACAUUGAAAACAAUGUUGUUGAUUACAUUCCCGCGGAAUUUGCAGUAGUCGAAUUCACCCUGAACGAUGGAACUAAAAGGACUUAUCAUGAGAUUAUUAAAGUUGUAAUUGAGACAGGAUAUACCAGAGAGGCCAUGGAGCAUAGCGAUGCCACUCAUAAGAUUGAUAUUAACCAUAAAGACAAUCCAACUGAUUACAAAGAGCUGUACAAUAGAUUAUUCAGCUUUUUAUCUUAUCAAAGUGGGUCGAAAGAAAAACUUCCAAUUUUAUAUACAUCAAGAAAAAUGAAAAAUGUCGUUCCUUGUCUUUUGAAACGUAUGGCUGACGCUGCAGGAGUUGCUCACGAUACAUUUAAUUUAUAUUCCUUGGAAUAUCUGUUCGGUACUUUGAUGAUGCGUUUGAAUGAAAACUUUCCUGAAGAUACUAAUCGCGCUAGUCUGGCAGAAGCUGAAUUAGAGAAAGAUGCGUUUAUUUACACGCCUAACAUUGAGUGCUCAUACCAUCGGAGCAUUGAAGGAACUGGAGAACAUUGUAGUCAAUCAAUUGUCACUCAAUGGGGUUACGCGUUUUGUGAUUAUUGCUGUCAACUCCUGAAUAUUGUAAUGCGUAGUGGAAUUCAUCGCCCUUACACUAUUGAUGAGCAGCUUGCAUGUAGCAUUGGCCUAUUAAGUAUUAAAAAAGUUAAAAAAGUCAGCCAACUAAAAUCUGAAACCGGGGUUUCUGAAGCUUAUCGUCUAAAAGUUGGGGAACGCAGUAGAAUUGAGGAUGAGCAACGCAAAAAAGAAGGAAAAGAUAUAACAAUUAUUGACUACAGUGAAAUCCAAGAAGGAAAAAGUUCGAUUAUUAUUCCCUCAGCUGCUGCAUCAAUAUCAUCAUCAACUUCAACUAAUCUGUCCCAGUCACUUCGUCGUCCCCAGACAUUAUCAGAAGUUCUCAAAGGAAAUACUGACUUUGCGCCAGUACUUGAUGAAAACGACUUUCCGGCCAUUGGCUCUGGUAAACUAAAACAUCAUUCAGUUAAAAAAUACUAAAAUAAUCAUAUUCCAGUCAAGGAGAUUAAUUUAUUUUUUAAGUAAUAAAAAAUAAAAUUAAAAACAUCUGGAAUCAAUAUCACACAGUAAUGAAUUGGAAUUUAUACUUCG